CUGACGUAGGUCGAGGGGCGGGGUUUCCGUAAGCAGGAAGCAUGACGUAACAUUUGUUGUGGAAAACCUGGGACACUUCAGCGACGGAAGAAUGGAACAAAACGUUGAAGAUUACAAGCUGAUAUUCGAGAAGGAGGGGGUGUAUCUUCAUACCAAUGCCAAGAGAAGUAACCAGGACACAACCAUCCCAGGCUUCAUCCGCAUUGUUGAGCGGGCUGGGGUGCCAGCUUUAGAGUGGAGUCCACUGGAAGACGAGGGACGCAGUGCCCCCGCUGUGCUCUACACCAGAAAGGAGGGAGAGGGAGGGGAGGAGGACACAAACUUUGACCCAGGAUACGAACCAGACUGGGCAGUAAUCAGCACUGUGAAGAAAGAUCGAGACCACGCCCCCGUCAAGGAAUCAGGUCAGUGGGCGUUCUCUCUGCCUCUCUCAGAGCUUUACUCCCUUCGAAGAGCCCGGUUCUCCUUGGGUCGAAACUUCCUGGUGUUGACUAGCAGAGGGGGCCACCCACUGCCCCCUCUCCACUUUCACAGAGGAGGAACCAGGGAGUUGCUUAGAGCCCUGCAUCGUUACAUCAUUCUAGACCCGUCACCGGUCGAUGGGCGACUCUUUCUCGCUUACCCCAAUGACUCAGGUGAACAGUCUCAGGCCUUUGACAGACUGCAGCUCCUAGAUGACGGGGGUUCAGAUCUUGUCACGAGAUUUAUCCAUGACCCUUAUGCCACAACUUUUGGUGGCUUCUCCAAAGUCACCAAUUUCUUCAGGGCAGCCCUUCGGCCCCCCGAAAGCCCCAUCCACCCUCGCACUGUUCAGGAUCCUAGUUUGCCCCCCCAGCCUGAUGAUGAGCCAGGAUUUGAGCUCAUCACCUGUGGGGUUGAGCUCGGUCCCAGACCAGACGUAACCAGAGGUCAACCUCUGGACAAAUGGGAAGAGUUUCUGGACCCUGAGGGUCGUGUACAGAAUCCAGAAAGGAUCAAAGAGCUCGUGUUCAGAGGGGGUAUCACACCAACCCUGAGGAAGGAGGCCUGGAAGUUCCUCCUGGGUUUUUAUCCAUGGAACAGCACUAGGAAGGAAAGGGACGACAUUCUGCGGGUUAAAACAGAUGAGUACUUCAGGAUGAAAGUGCAGUGGAAAUCAAUCAGUGAGGAGCAGGAGAUGAGGAACUCCCUCCUCAGAGGAUACAGAAACCUGAUAGAGAGAGAUGUCAGCAGGACAGACAGACACAACACAUUCUUCUCUGGGAAUGACAAUCCUGGACUGACUCUGCUUCAUGAUGUGCUGAUGACGUACUGCAUGUAUAACUUUGAUCUUGGCUAUGUGCAGGGCAUGAGUGACCUCCUGGCUCCUCUCCUGUUUGUCACCCAGAAUGAGGUGGAGUCCUUCUGGUGUCUGACUGGCUUCAUGGAACUAGUGCAUCAGAACUUUGAAGAGUCUCAGGAGGCCAUGAAGCAGCAGCUCCUUCAGCUCAGUAUACUGCUUAAGGCGCUGGACCCAGAGUUAUGUGACUUCCUGGACUCUCAGGACAGCGGUUCUCUUUGCUUCUGUUUCCGUUGGCUCCUCAUCUGGUUCAAAAGAGAAUUUUCCUUUGAGGACAUCCUGACUUUGUGGGAGGUCCUCUGGACUCGUCUCCCGUGUGAAAACUUCCACCUGCUCAUCGCCUGUUCGAUCCUGGAGUCUCAGAGAGGAGAGCUGAUUGGUUCAGACCAUGACUUCAAUACUAUCCUGAAGCACAUUAAUGAACUGACAAUGAAGUUGGACCUGCAAAGUGUUCUACGUGGCGCAGAGGCCAUCUACCUGCAGCUCAUCCAGUGCAAGGAGCUUCCGGUCAAGGUGCAGGGGGUUCUGGGUCUCUACGUCCCAUCCAGCUCUGAGGAGAGCAGCCCUGACUCCCAGACCAGUGAGACCGAUCGCCUCCUCAUCCAAACCCAGGCCGGAGCUGCUUCAUCUAAUCCAGCACCACCACCUCCUACUUAUCCUUAAAUCCGAAUUGCACUGACAGUUACUCCGACGAUAUUUAUGAAGGAAAUGAAAUAUAUAGUCCCAACGAGAAGCAAUGCUGACUGUUUAAAAGGUUGUUGUUGUUAUUACUGCUUCCCACCAGCUGGGGGAGCUGUGGAGACGUUUGUUUUAAAUGUACCCAUGAAUGUUCCUAUCAUGUGUAAACACUUUAACUGUACUCGCUCUUUUUUUUUUUGAUCCUCUUUGUCAUUUCUUUAAUUGUCCAGUGUCUUUUCCCACGAACAAUUACUCCUUUCGAUGCUGCUGUGAUAAUCUUACAUAUUGUGUAGUCGUCGUUUUUAUCUCUUCUUGUCUGAGCGUACCGUCGCUGCAUUUUGUUCUGUUUAGAUUUCACCACUGUCAACCCCGUCCUCUUCCCACUGUUCCAGAAAAGGGAUAAAAGUAAAAGUAUAAAGGAUAGACUGCCUAGCAGAGCUUUGGUGGUACAGUACUGUAAGAUGCCAUUCCAGUCCUAUGCAAAGUUUCUGCAUGCCUUAUAGUUUUCAUACCUGGUGCGGUAAUGUUUGUAAUUAUAUGUACGAUGUUAUAACAUUUUCAUCCACUGAUCAUUACCAAAUAAAUGGUUAAAUCUGAAG